AUGCACGAGCCAAAAGGUCUCAAUGUGCCCAAAAUCACACUCCAUGGCAGGGCUGUGCCAGCCUGCCUCCCAGGAGGACCUAUUAAAAGGAGAGUCGACGUCGUCCAGCAAAAGUUCAACCUCCUUGACACUUUUCAGCUUGUCAAUAAGCUCAAACAAGAAGUUCGAGACAUAUCCCUUCAAGCAGGGAACUGCCAGCCGCCUCGGCAUCAACAUCGUGGCAAUAUGAUCAACAACGACCGUGUGCAGCGGUGCUGGAAUCGGCGGUGGGCCGACGGCUGUGUCGUAGGUCUUGGAGGCACGGAGGGCGCGCAGUCUGCGGGGAAGGCGAUCGCUAUCCCACUGCGUAUGGGUGGUGAUGAAGGGUGAGUACGGGUGGGUUUGGGUUGGAAUGGUAGAGAGUUCCAUUCUAUCUUUUAGGCAGCUGCCUUCGUUGCCUGUCGCCUUGCCAAUAUCUCAUAGGCGGCCCAUGACAUCAUGGGAUAUACACUACUAACAAGUCUCCGUGGUCUCCAACGGCACGAACGGCCAGUCUUGAUAAUCUUAUCCGGAUAAGUCCUCCUCCUCUCCUCCCACCACUGAUCCAGCCACUCAUCCCACCUAUCCCAUCUAACUCUGUCGCCGCCAUUCUCGGCAUCAAUCCCCCUCGCAAGCGACGUAAACCUCCC